AUGGGCUCUGCAAAGAAACCAGCCAUGGCUGGUGUCAAUUCCAAGGCGGAAAAGGAAGCGGACUUGGUGAUGGGGACGAACAAUAGCAGUAUUGUAUCUAAACGAAGCGUCGAGAUGUCCUACUAUCCCAAGCCGCAUUUCUUCCGGUAUUUCGUUAAGAAGCCCCAGAGGCGGUCGCCUUUGAUCAACCGUGGUUAUUGGCUUCGUAUGCACGCCAUGGCAGAGACUGUACGACAAUUUAUGAGAGAACCCUCGGAUAGACCCAAAUUUGUCUUGAAUCUUGGAUGUGGAUUACCGCCUGCUAAGUUGGAAUACCGUAGUGAUCCCCUGCCCUUCAUGCUUCUCAGCGCCGACAAAUCGUUGUGUAAAGAUACAACAUUCGUGGAUAUCGAUUAUGAGAAACUCAUGAUCAAUAAGAAAACAGCUCUUCGACAAACAGGCGAGAUUACGGAGCUCCUUGAGGGUGUAGAGUUUCUACCAGAUGAUAGCGAUAUACAGAUUCGCAGCAAAGACUACAUCGCAAUAGGCUGUGAUUUGAAGAAUCUCACUAAACUGGACCGUGUUCUUAAGGCCCAAAUACUGCCCUCCGAAUGUUCGGUCCUUUUUCUCGCCGAGGUUUCGUUAACAUACAUGGAUGUUAAAUCCGCGAAUGCAGUGGUCAAUUGGGCUUCGAAAUUAAGCGAUGACUGCCAGUUUUGCAUUUUGGAGCAGUUCUUCCCCGAUGGACCCGACCACCCGUUCGCGUCAACCAUGAUGCAACAUUUCAAGAAACUUGGGGCGCCGCUUUACUCUAUUAACGAAUAUCCAUCACUGGGCGAACAGGAGCAGCGUUUCAAGAGCGCUGGUUGGCUGCGAGCACAUGCGAGAACUCUCUGGGAUUUGUGGUCGGACGACACAUUCGUAGAUAGCUCCCUGCGGAUGUCGUUGGAUGCAGUAGAACCAUUCGACGAGUGGGAGGAGUUUGCACUGUUCGCAUCCCACUAUUUCCUUCUCCGUGCUUCUACGAAGCAGCGAGAGACGAAUCAAAGCUCGGAAGGGAAACCGGCAACACAGGUCAGCCUGUCUAGCCAGUAUAAGCUUGUUCCCAAUUGUCCCACCGGGGCAGGUCAACGGAGAUUCGGGGCUUUGAUACCGGAUAGCGGCUCCUCUGUUGGCCAUCACUCCGGAUUGGGCCGUCAAACGCGACUGGCAACAACUGAUUUAUACACCAAUUCGAAGGAGAUUUCCAGUCCCCAGAAGCCCUUCCCUCCUCGAGACGUCUCCGCAAGGAUGUGUCACACUGCGACUGGUCUGAGCAAUGGGGACUGCUUGAUUGUUGGGGGUCGAAUGUCACCCGCGAAGAGUCUCGAGGAUUGUUGGUUUAGGCAAGGGAGCCAAUGGCGCCAAGUCCAAAGCUUGCCGUCGGGCCGAUUCAGACACAGUGCCGUCAAGGUCAGCCUGGAGUCUGACUAUGCCCUCGUUUAUGGUGGCAAGAGCAGCGACGGCACGGUGUUGAAUGACUGGCUGCUUUGGAGGAAUAACGGAGAGGGGUGGAAAACGAUCGAUUGCAAGGAAUCCUGCCUAAAACCACGAUUUGGGGCAAGUCUGGGAGGCAUGGAUAACUGUUCAGGUGUUCUCUUUGGCGGAAUAGGACAAGAUGGAACUGUGCUGCAGGACUUUUGGACCUGGCAGCUGCGUGAGCGAAGCGAUGGAUCCCUCUCUUUGGAGCUCAACGACCAGACCAAGGUCCUCCAAGAAACCUCGCCUUUGUUCAAGUACAUCCAUCGGUUUGGGGCCACGGUCAACACAACUCCAUGGGGCCUAUUAAUCGUCGGUGGUAUAAUUCCAGAACAAACAGUCCCACUUGACAUGGAAAUCAUGCUUCUUGACCUAACGCAGGUGGAAAACUUUCUUGACGGUCGACCAUCCUGGACUUCCAGUGUCCUGUCAGCGAUAGGGCUUGGGACCGGAUUUGAGGGACCGCGACCUCUCCUAACAGGCCAUGUAUCAUAUGCUGCUGGUCCCAGCGAAGUUGUUAUUCUAGGAGGUGGAGCAGUGUGCUUUUCGUUUGGAACAUUUUGGACGGAGGGGACUUGGAGCUGGAAGGCCAUAGAUUCGCCAAGCAAGAACGAAUGGACGAUGGUCCCCGAAAUCAUCCAAUCCAACCAGACCGCACCACCUAUCGCUCAACCUUGUGGCUCUCCAAAUGGCAAAUACAAGUCCGCGGGAAACAUCACGGCGAUUCCUCGCGUCCGAGUGCAAAAUGCCGCACAAUUCAAACAGAUACUGGCUGACAGCAAACCCGUCAUCAUCGAAGGAUCUGAUAUUGGGCCAUGCACUGAUCUUUGGACCCAAGAAUACUUGACAAAUGCCGUGGGUAAGGACCGUGAAGUGGUGGUCCAUGAAGCCCAGUCCGAGAAUAUGAGCUUUCAGACCAAGAACUUUGCCUACACAACAAAGUCAUUCGGCACGUUUCUGGAUGAGGUGCAUGCUGGUGGUCGCCAGUAUCUUCGAAGCAUCUCUGCCGAGCAACCAACAAAGGUCCCUGCCAAUCUUGCGACUGAUUUCCCAAUUUUGAAAAACGAUUUCCACCUGCCGGAGGCACUCGCCGUGGUUACGGAGAAUGCCCACAGCUCUCCUCUGAGGAUCUCGGGGCCUGUCACUCUGUGGCUCCAUUAUGACGUGAUGGCCAAUGUUCUAUGCCAAGUACGUGGUGAGAAACGAUUGAUUCUUUUCCCGCCACAGGAUGUGCAACAUUUAUCCGUUCCAGCUGGUGCCUCGAGCUCAACUGUCAACAUUUUCCAAAACUCGGAAGAUGGGGCAAUUGCAUCAAUUCCACACACCUCGCCACACGAGGCAAGGCUGGGCUGCGGCGACAUCCUUUUCCUCCCUCCACUGUGGCUUCAUACAGCAUCACCGACUGGCCAAGUCAGCGUCGCCGUGAACGUUUUCUUCCGAAAUCUCUCGAAGGGUUAUGCUGCUGGACGGGAUGUCUACGGGAAUCGUGACGUGCAGGCCUAUGAGAAAGCAAGAGCCGACCUCCAAAAGAUGGAAAGGUCUUUCGAGGGACUCCCGACAGAUAUGGCACGGUUCUACCUUCUCAGACUCGCACAGGAAUUGAAAGAAAUUGCCGAGAAAUAA